AUGCCCGCACUACCUACGACGCAGAGUGCAUUGGUGGUGCAGGGGCCCAAUUCCCUCCGAUGUGUGACCGACACGCCUGUGCCGUCCCUCGCAGGGGACCAAAUCCUGGUACAGACUAAAGCCGUGGCCCUCAAUCCGUCUGAUUGGAAGAUGCUCGAGGCCGCUGCGGCCACGCCGGGCGCAAUUAGCGGCAGCGACUUUGCUGGAGUCAUCGUUGCAUGUGGAGAAGAAGUGCAGAACAUGUCAAUCGGCGAACGUGUCUGCGGCUUUGUCUUUGGGGCCAGUCCGACAAACCCCACAAAUGGUGCUUUUGCAGAUUAUAUCGUCGCCCAUCCGAGUCUCUGCUUCCGAGUACCCCCGACCAUGACAUUUGAAGAAGCUGCUUCUGUGGGUAUGGGCUUGAUGACUGUCGGACUACUCUUUCGUUCGCUUGGCCUGCAGACACACAUAAGCACCAACCCCGAUGCAGCGAAAGCGAACACAAACAAGCCGUUUGUCCUCGUGUACGGAGGCUCAACAGCGACCGGCACCCUGGCCAUUCAGAUGCUUCGACACCAUGGCUACCAGCCGAUUACGACGUGCUCGCCGCGGCAUUUCCCGCUCGUAAAGCAGCGGGGGGCCACGGCAGCCUUCGACUACGCCUCACGCAGUUGCAAGGAAGAUAUCCGUGCUUACACGAAGGGUACACUGGCGUUUGCUAUGGACUGCAUUGCCGACUCCCAUGCCACAACGGUGUGCUACGGCGCUAUUGGUGGGGAUGGGGGCCGAUAUUGCGCCUUAGACCGAUUUCCCCCUCGCCUCGAGGGUCGCCGGCAGGAUAUCCAACCAGAGUGGAUUCACAGCGCCACUAUUUUUGGGGAUGAUGUCCAGCUAGCCGGGUCUUAUCAUCGCACUGCACGGCCUGAAGAUCGCGAAUUUGCUAUUGAGUGGGCACAUCAUUGCACCCACAUCUUGGCUCGAGGUGAACUGCAGACCCAUCCACUGCAAGUGCAAAAAGGGGGUCUUCCGCGCAUUAUUGGGGAUUUACCUUUGCUCCGGAGUAAGCAGAUUUCGGGCCGCAAAUUGGUUUAUCCUGUGGGAGGCGCAUAG